AUGCCAGAAAACCAUAGAAAAUCGUCUCCCGGGCACUCCACAUCAUUUUUAAUUGAGGACAUAUUAUUCAGAUCAAAGAACAACAGACCAAAUUCAGAGUUCCAGGUAACCAGUCACGAAAGAAGUCGAAAUCAUCAAUUGCCACAAAGUCAAGAAUGUUUUCCAAUGUUGCCAUCAACGGUGGCUUCGGCGUAUUUAUCAUAUCCAGCACACUACAUGCAUAAAAAUGCUAUUGCAGAACCAUUUUUCAUCUCACCCCAAGGGGUACCUUUUGGAAGUAUUUGGGGUGCCCGAUCAGAUUACGGUCAUGGACAACUAAGUUCUAGGCUAUGUCGCAGACGAAAAGCUCGGACUGUAUUUUCCGAUCAACAACUCACGGGGCUAGAAAAAAGAUUUGAAGUUCAACGAUAUUUAAGCACGCCAGAGAGGGUUGAACUAGCUACCGAACUGAGAUUGUCUGAAACACAGGUCAAAACAUGGUUUCAAAAUCGAAGGAUGAAACAUAAAAAACAAUUGAGAAAAGUGAAUGACGAUACAACGGUUACUGGAUCAGAGAAACCUGCAGACAACACUGCGAACAAAUCGCUAACCUCAGAUUAUCCUGUGGACUUUUCAUCUAAAGGAUCAGUUUGUGGUGGAUUAGAUACAGGCACCCAGGAAUCCAAAGAUUUAGCUAGACAAAGCAGGUCGCUUAACAACGACGAUGAGAGGAGUCAACGGUAUGACCUAAGUGAAGUCUCUGAAGUAGACGACGAUGAUGACGUCGACGGUGCCGAUGAUGAGAUUAUAGAUAUUGUUGGUGACCACACGCAUAUGUUAAAUAGCGUACAGCGAAAUUAUGAACAACAAAGAUUUUUCUAA